AUGUUGCAGUCCCCAAUGUGGUCACAAUUGGCUAGAAUAGACCCAAUAAAAACCCUCUCGAAUAACCCUGGGAUAAGAACAAUAAUGGAAGUUCAUUACCAGCCACCUCUCAAGGUCACUCUCAAUCAAGUGACUAGUGUCAUGAGUCGAAUGCCUCCCAACGCUAAACACUGGUUCAUUGGAGGUGAAAGAUGUCUAGCUGUCGGUGUUAAAUUAUUUCAAGAAGGUAAAAUCAUUGCUGUGCCAACAGACACUAUUCAUGGGCUAGCCACACUGCCACAAGACAGCAAAUGUGUUGAUAAAUUGUAUGAGUUAAAGGGGAGGGAUAAGAGUAAACCUCUGGCUAUUGCAUUGAGCAGUAUUAAGGACAUUAAACGAUGGGCUGAACUCGAUCAUCUUCCGAAUAAUUUACUCAUGGCUAUUCUUCCUGGGCCUGUGACGAUUGUUUUGAAGAGGAAACCAGAGUUGAAUGAAGGGUUGGAUCCUGAGAAUGAGACUAUUGGGAUUAGAGUCAAUGAGAGCAAGUUUUUGAGGAGUUUGUGCAGGAUUUUAGAUCAGCCUUUGACUCUUACCAGUGCUAAUUCCAGUGAUCAGCCUAGUUCGUUGACUGCUAAUGAGUUUGAGCACUUGUGGGCAGAAUUAGGGGGGGUUUUUUAUACUAUUGGUGAUAAGAAUAAGAUGGAUGAGUCUUAUAGAGUGGGAUCCACUGUUGUUGAUCUCACUGUGCCUAAUGAGUUUUUUAUUAUUCGAAGAGGUAUUUUUGUGGAUAGAGUGUUCAAGACGAUGUAUAGGCAUGGGUUGAAGAGGCGAGAUGGUCAGGAGGAUGAUGAAUGUUCUUAA